AUGAAUACAGAUUCAGUUGUCAUAGAGGAAGACAGCGAAGAAGAUGAAGCACAAGAGGAAGAAAAUGAAGCAGAAGAAGUAGUCGUUCGUCCUAGGAGGAAGUUGACAUCUCCUGUUUGGAAGGAGUUUAAGAAAGUAAAAGUGAAGAACAUGAUGAAGGCCAAGUGUAACUGGUGCUCAAAGAAGCUUGGAGGGGAAACAAGAAAUGGAACGAAGCAUCUCCUUGACCAUUUAAAGAUAUGUCCAUAUCGCAAGAGGCCUGCGGACACCAAGAAGCAAACUUCUUUGAGGUAUAGUUCGAAUGUACAAGGUGGGAAAGUUGCUGUAGAGAACUAUACUUUUGACCAGGAUGUUGCUAGAAAGGCUCUUGGUUCCAUGAUUCUUCUCCAUGACUAUCCUCUGUCAAUUGUUGAUCACAUUGGGUUUAGAAAAUUUGUUUCUGCACUCCAGCCAUUAUUUAAGAUGGUGAGAAGAAAUACUAUUAGGAGUGACAUCUUAGAUAGCUAUAAAAUUGAAAAGAAGAGGGCUAUCAACUACAUGGAGAAAAAUAAAAGCAGGGUGGCUAUCACUACAGAUAUGUGGACGUCUGAACAUCAGAAAAGAGGCUACAUGGCUAUCACAGCACAUUUCGUUGAUGAAUCCUGGAAGCUUCAGAGCUAUAUUAUGAGAUUUAUUUAUGUUCCAACACCACAUACAGCUCGUGUAAUUGCCGAGAUACUUCAUGAUGCACUGGUCGAAUGGUAUCUGGAAGAUAAGGUAUCUACAUUGACUGUUGAUAAUGCCACAACAAAUGAUGCUUGCAUUCCCAUAUUAGAGAAUCUGAUAGGUCCAAGUAAGCUUAUGUUAGGUGGCAAGCUUUUACAUAUGCGUUGUUGUGCGCAUAUUCUUAACCUGAUAGUCAAGGAUGGUUUGGAUGUGUUAGAAGAAUCGAUUGAGAAAAUCCGUGAUAGUGUUGCAUUCUGGACUAGCACACCUAAGAGAAUAGAGAAUUUUCAAGAGGUUGCCAAGAUGCUGAAAGUAGACCAAAGUAAAAAAUUAUCCCUUGAUGUGAAAACACGAUGGAACUCUACGUACUUUAUGCUCAGUGUUGCUUUAUGCUACAAGAGUGUAUUUAAUCGCUUGAGGCAGCGGGAAAAGACCUUUACUUGUGCUCCUAGUGAUGAUGAUUGGAUAUUUUGUGGAGAAGUCUGUGAUAGGCUUAAGUUGUUUGCUGACAUUACUGAAAUAUUUUCUGGGACUCAGUAUGUGACUGCUAAUAUUUACUUUCCUAAGAUCUGUGAAAUUAAAAUGAAUAUAAGGAAGUGGUCGAAGUGUGGGAAUGAAAUUAUAGAAGCUAUGUCAGAUGCUAUGAGUGCAAAAUUUGACAAGUACUGGUCUGAUAUCCAAGGCCUCAUGGGUAUUGCUACACUCCUUGAUCCACGGUUUAAGAUUGAUAUGCUGCAUGUGUGCUUUGAAAUGCUCCUUGGUGACGAGUCCAUUAUUGAUUGUGAGAGUAAAGUUCAUGAGAUCCGUGAGUUAGUGUCUAGCCUGAUGCUUGAAUAUCAAAUGGAGAGUGAGCAAGAGAAUACAGAAGCCCAGUCUGUGUCCAUUUCUGCAAUGGAAGCUAACGAGGUGAUGUCCAUCUUCAGUGCACGAGUAGCUAGAAAGAGGCCUGCAACCAGUUUAUCCAGAACAGAGUUAGACCGCUACUUGGAUGAUGAGUAUGUGCCAGCUAAUCAAGAGAAUUUUGAUGUGUUGGGAUGGUGGAAUGUUGCUGGUUCACGCUACCCAACUUUGAGGGCUAUUGCGCGUGAUAUAUUUGCCAUCCCAGUAACUACAGUAGCUUCCGAGUCAGCUUUCAGUAGAAGUGGAAGAGUACUUAGUGAGCACCGCAGUCGUCUGACCCCUAAUUUGCUAGAGGCUUUAAUGUGUUCACAAAACUGGGAGAGAAACAAAGCUAAAGAUGAUGAGAAGACCGAGGCUGCUAGUUUCUGGAGUUGCCUUGAUGAUAUACAAGAAGGUUUAGAGCGCAUCACACUAUAG